AGCACAGCUGUUUGUCGCGUCACAAUGCAUUAAUGACUGAUUGUCGAAUUAAUUUAUGAACGAACUUUGCUCUGAAUCACGUAGCUGUCAUUGAACAAUCCGCUGUCAACGUCAGUCGUGUCAUUUUGGGAUAAAGGUUGCCCAUCUUGAGAGAUUGAAUAAUCUUAGCCGUUCUGUGAGGUUAUGCUCUUUCCGGUUAACGUCCUCUUACGAAGAUGCCAUCUGUAACUUUAAAAGACGUGGAUCAGCAAAAAUUUGUAAAGGCCUUUGCAGCCUUUCUCAAAAAGACUGGCAAAAUGCGUGUGCCAGAAUGGGUGGACAUUGUGAAAACGGCCAAAUUCAAGGAACUGGCUCCCUAUGAUCCCGAUUGGUAUUACAUCAGGUGCGCAGCCUUGGUGCGUCACAUUUAUAUUCGUAGUCCUAUUGGAGUUGGUGCUGUUACAAAGAUUUUUGGUGGACGCAAACGCAAUGGUACUCAUCCCAGCCACUUUUGCCGAUCAGCGGGUAGUGUUGCGCGCAAGGCUCUUCAAAGUUUAGAACAGCUAAAAUUAAUUGAAAAGGCACCUCUUGGUGGACGUAAAUUAACUAGUCAAGGACGCAGGGAUUUGGAUCGAAUAGCUGCACAGGUUAAAGCUAAAAGUAAAAAACAGCUUAAGCUUCAAGACACUGUACUUUAAUAUAUAAUUUCAUGUUAU